AUGGUGUUUGAGAGCGUGGUAGCUGAAGUUCUUAACCGUGUCUUGGGUAAUUUCGUCAACAACCUCGAUGCUUCACAAUUAAACGUUGGAAUAUGGGGUGGAGAUGUGAGGUUGGUUAAUUUGGAAGUAAAAGAAACAGCACUAGAUGAUUUCGAUUUACCUAUAAAAUUAAAAUUUGGCUGCCUGACAGAACUUGUGCUAAAAAUUCCAUGGAGUGAUUUGUAUCGUCAGCCAGUAAUUGCUAGCAUUGAAGGACUACACCUUAUUGUCGUACCGAAUAAAGGUGUUGUAUACAAUGAAGAAAAAUCAAAGAAACAUGCAAAAGAAGAAAAAGAUAAAACUUUACUACGUCUUGAAGAAAACAGAAAGCGAAAGAGGAAACCACAAGAUCAAGGUUCGGAUACCUUUGUUGAGAAAUUUAUUGCUACAGUAGUUAAGAAUCUUCAAAUAACGAUUCGUAAUAUACAUAUUCGCUACGAAGAUAAGUAUUCUAAUCGCAGUCAUCCAUUUGUUGUUGGCGCUACUUUAGAGGGAAUUGAUUUCAAAACUACUGAUGAAAAUUGGAAUGAGACGAUACACAAGGAAGUUGUGAAAAUAGUCUACAAAUUGGUAUCUUUAAAAAAUCUUGCAGUUUAUUGGAAUUCUAAGUCUGAACUAUUAUCCGACGCGAAUGACAGCGCUGUCAUAUUGCAAGAAAUGAAGAAUGCUAUUGUGACGGAUAAUAAAAAACCAUCUAAUUACAAAUACAUGCUGGAGCCCAUUAAUAUGCAAGCAAAAAUGGCGCUGAAUCAGAAACCUGAAACAGAUGGUUCAAAUUGGAAAAUACCAAAGAUAAAACUGGUCUUGGAUUUGGAUGUAUUAGCGGUUGCAGUUGGCAAAUUCCAAUAUCAAGAUUUAUUAUUAUUACUUGAAGCGCAGGAAAGAUUCAGAACGUGGCUUUUUGCUUACAACGCAGUUUUAGAAGAAAAUGUCAGAAGGAGAAGAAAUAACUGGAACUGGGAACGAAUGAAGAAACAUCGAAAUUUAGUAAGAGCUUACAGAGAAGCUUGGCUUAAAAAACAAACGGAAAGGAAUCUGUCUUCCAAGGACCAAAUUGUUAUUGAAGAGGCUGAAAACCAACUUGAUGUAUUCAAUUUAAAUGUUGCUCGACAACAAGCAGAUAUGGAAAUUGAUAAACGUUGUUUAAAAAGAUUAGAAGAUCAACCACAAGGCUGGAUAGGUUGGGCUAAAAGCUGGUGGAGUGGUGGCGAAAAUGCAAAAGAAAGCAAAGGAAAUAACGCGCUCUCAUCCGGAGAUAUUGUGACUAAAUUUGAGGAAGCGUUAACCCCAGAAGAGAAAGCGAAAUUAUUCGAGGCUAUUGAUUAUCAGGAAAAUACGCCAGCCACAGACUAUCCGAAACAUUUUGUGGAAAAUAUUAUUAUUACUGAUGUGAAAUCAGUUAUGAUUGUUAUCGAAAAUGCUUUAACCUUGACUUUCUCAGUAAUUACGACGAAAAUAGAACAUCGAGCAUCAGCUCAAGCUAUCAACCUUAAAAGUGGUAUAAAAAUGGUGACUAUGGAUGGAUGUGGACAGCCUGUUUUAUUUAUGCAAGAUGAAUCAACUGACUGGUUGACCGUGAUUGUUGAUACUAAUCCUCUAAAUCGGGAUGAAGCUGGAUAUGAUCAGUACAUAAAAGUAGCAUUAGCUCCAACAAUUAUGAAGUACCAUGCUCCAGCUAUCAAUACUGCUGUCGAAGCAUUGAGGCCUCCGGAAAGUGUAAGAUUAAAUCAGUUGACAGCAGCAGCAAUGGCGCGGUAUGAAGAUGUUAAAGCUCGUUCUCUCACUGGACUUGCCCAUGUUGUUGAAACAAGAACAAAAUUAGUGCUUGAUAUUCGCAUUGCUCCUUUGACGAUCGUAGUAUCAGAAAACGGAAUAUUUGAUAAGAAUAAGCGAAAUUUAGUUGCUGAUCUUGGUUUGCUCACCAUUACCACUGUUGAUGACGAUUCGUAUGCAGAUAUGUCGUUAACCGGUGACGAAGAAACAGAGCGUCGACUACAGUUAUUAAAUCGUGCUUAUGACAAAUUUUCUGUAAAGUUAACUGACAUGCAAUUAAUAUUUGCUGAUAAUUAUGAAAAUUCUAUGGAUGCUAAGCUAAAACCAAAAUCGAAUUUUCAUUUGUUACAUCCCACUGGGCUGAAUAUUGCAUUUCACAAAUCAUCCAUCGAUGAUUUGCAAUUACCUAAAAUCAAAAUAAUGGGAGAAUUGCCUGAUAUAAUUAUGACGGUCUCAGAUGAACGUUUAUUGGAGCUUGUCAAACUAGUAUUAAGUAUACCAACUCCUGCUCCUGAAAAGCAAAUUGAUGCAUUGGGUACAACUUUUUCGCCUGCUGAGUUUGAGAAGCCGAAAUUGAAAGAUAUGGCCAAGAUCCAUGCUAUAAUGGAAGUAGAUGAAAUCUCGGAAACACCAGAAGGUUUUGGGGCUUACAAAGAAAAAGAAACUGAAUUGCUGGAAGAAAAAAAGACUGAUGUUCAACAGAUUCAACUUGAAAUGAAUCUUACGUUGAACCAAGUUCGAGUAAUCAUUGGUACUCCAAAUACAAUAUUUUUAUCAGUUGAGAUUAGGCGAUUGGGCUGCGGUGUUCAAAUGCGUACUUUCGACAUGGUUGCAGUGGCAUAUUUAGGUGAUUUAAAAAUCGAGCAACCACAAUAUAAAAGCUUAGUUCCGGGUCGUGAUACGCUGUUUCUUAUUGAUAAUGCGCAUAGCAGUGAUGAAAAUUUACUUCAAUUCAAAUAUGUACAGGCAAAUAAGGAAAGUCCGUUCUUCGCAACUGAGUACAAAUCUGUGGAGCAGUCGAUUGAUAUCUCCUUCAAAACAUUAAUUGUUGCUUUACAUCAGGAUGCAUUAAUGAGCUUAAAAAAGUAUUUUGAAACACUCCAAGCAAGAGUUGCGGAACUGCAGCAGCAAGGAAAGCCAGAAUUUCAUGAAAAUACAGGAAUUUCAUGUAAUGAUGCUCCUACACCAGUUGAAAAGAAAUCGCUUUGGCGAGCAUCAAGUCAGCAAAGUAUUACUGGUCCAGCCACAGAAUCUCUUAAAUUAAGACUAAUAAGACGCGAAAGAGAACUUGUCCAAACAUAUGAUGAUGUUAUCAUCAAAAUGCAAAUUUCUGCUGUUUUUGACGCUUUAUCAGUCCACAUUGGUUCAAAUAAAUGCUUGGAUACAACUCUCAGUAUAAGUGAAGUGAAAACAGCUUUAACAAUGCGAGUGAGAACAGUGGAAGUGGAAGGUGGAGUCAAAGCAAUCACUAUGGACGACCAAACAGGAACAACAGUUCACAAACAUUUGCUAGCAUUAUGUGGUGAAGAAAAUGAAAUGUUAUCAUUUACUUUUAAACAGUAUAAUCGCACUGAAUCAGAAAAAAAACAAAUGCAUCCCUCUGAUCUGGAUAUGUUUAUCAAAGGUCGUCUCGCACGGAUGCGCUUCGUCUUUCUGUUUCUUUGGUUGGAAAGAAUGAAGCGGUUUGCAUUGCCAUUUCAAGCUGAGGCUGCACAGGUGGCAGCACAAGCACAGUCGUACGCAACAGAGAAAGCUUCUCAAGCUGCUCAGAAGCUUAAAGAUUUAAUGGAAGAAUCGCCUUUGAGAAUCGGCAUUGAUUUUGAACUUGCAGCACCUACAAUUUUAGUGCCAAAAAAUUCUAUGUCGUUGGAUGCUCUCAUUGUUGAUUUUGGUAAGCUUACUAUUGCAAACUCGCUAUCUGAAGCACAGCAUGAACGAAGAGCAGUUAUUGAUUCAAUGCAAAUCAACUUGACAGAUGUUUCUUUUGGAAUUGCACUUAUUUCGGAGAAAAAUUUGGAAACUGUAUCAGCCUGUCAGAUAUUGAAGCCGAUAACAUUUUUGCUGUUAAUUUAUCGCAAUCUGUCGUUUCAGUGGUAUAAGGCAGCCCCUCAAGUGCUUGUUGAUGCACAUUUACCCUUAAUUGAACUAGGUAUGACUGAAGAAGAUUAUGCAACAAUCAUGAGAACUCUUACUGGUAAUUUGGCAGAAGGUAACGAAUUGCCAGCUGAACCUUCAUCAUCACUUAGUCCUCUAAACGUGCGAAGGAAAAGUGUAGACGAUGAUAAGCACGAAAUAAGUGACAAACUAAAAGAAAAGGAUCUUUCAGAUUCACAAAGUGAUUCAAAAGCAAAAUCUCUUGUCUUUAGUUUCAAAUUGGACGAAAUAGCUGCUCUUUUGUAUCGAGGUUCAUCGAAUUUAGAAAAUUCAAAAGGUAUUAUUGCUCGAGAAACGGAGGCAGGUUUUGCUGCACUUAGACUGAAAAAAAUGAAAUUGAGUGGCUCAGUAGCAGAAAAUGGUCACUUGGAUAUCGCUGUCAGUUUAGAGGUAUUUGUUAUGAACGACGAAAGAAGUGAAAAAACCAAAAUACGACGAUUAUUGGAUAAGAAGGUUGACAGUGCUGGGAAGAUCCACAAAGAAUUCAUGGCUGCUCGAUUUCAAACUAAUGCAUCAGGAGAUAAAAUUAAGUUUUUGGGAGCACUGCUAAACUUUUUCACGGUAAAAAAAACACCUGAAGAGUUAGCGAAAGAGGUGGAGGCGGUAAAUAUUCCAAGUACUGCUCAAAACAAGGAAAAAACUGGAAUGGUUUCGUCAUCUGGCACACUAACGAUGAACUGUACCAUACGUGAAGCAGAAAUCAUUCUUGUUGAAGAUGCUGUAAAUCCCGAAAAAUCACAAGCUCUUAUUUUGUCGUUUAACGUUGAUCUUAAAGCAGAACCGAAUAACAAAGAACAGAUUGUGGUUGGAGGCAUCAAAAAUUUACAGAUAAUUAGUUCUUAUUAUCUGGAGUCAAAACGUGAUCAAAAUCCCUAUCAGGUUUUGAAACGCACAGAUAUUGAUAUUAAAUUGACUACGGAAAGAAAAUCAAAAUCUGAGAAUUUAGUUCUUCGUGUUGGACCACUGUAUUUAAAAAUAUCUCCCGCAAUCAUACGUUUAUUGAGUGCUGUCUCUUCAAGUUUCUCAUCAGCAGCAAGUACUAGGAGCGAUCAGUUUAUUACAAAAAAGCCAGUACUCAAAAAGUAUCCAAAAUACUGGGAGAAGCGCAAAAUUGACAAAAGUAGGCAUUGGUGGUUCCUAGUACGGGAAGCAGAACAAGAAAAUUUUGAAUAUGCGACGGAUGGAAUCAUUACAAUGAAUUCGUUUAUUGUCACUCUGGAAGUAGGAGUGGGUAAUAAAACAAUACCAAUGGUGCUUUUAGAAAGCUCUGCAAAAAUCGAGGCAUCGCAAUGGAGUUUUCUCUUAGCAGUCGAUGCUGAUAUACGUAUGCAGAUUUCAUAUUAUAAUGAAACAUUCUGUAUGUGGGAACCUAUAGUAGAGCCUGUUGAAGUAGAAGAUGGUGUGUGGCAAAACUGGGGUUUGAAAGUUGAGCUAAGAACUCAUAGUGAAGAUGAAAUGUCCUUAAAUGAAACAGCCUCUGCAUCUCGACAAACAAUUGAUAUAAAGGCAUCAGAAUUACUCAAUAUAACAAUAACAAAAUCGUUAAUUUUGUUAUCACAUCAACUUGUCGAUGCUUUUGAAAGAGCUGCAAAAUUAAUUUCACCUCCGAAGGGACGAACUUUUCCAGGAAGCAGUAAAUACUUGAUACUCAAUAAUACUGGCAUUGCAGUGAAAGUCGGGAAUACGGAGACAAUGAUUGCAAACAAUGAUGGUCAACCUGUCGAUGCUACUGCAUCUACUUUUGUUGAUCUGGAUUUUCCCACUGACCCUGGUGAAAAAGUAGGCUUGACAGAAAGUCAGACGUCGAAAAAAGCAGAAGUUCGUCUCAUGUUUGAUGAAAUGAAUACUGAAAGAGAUGUAAACAUAAUGAGAGCAGAGUCAAGAACUUUUACACUUCCUUUGAAAGCUGAUGAUGGAAAGCACUGGAAGAUAGUAGUAGAAACAAAAGUGGAAAAUCUUCGGCGGCUUAUUUAUCUGCACUCUACUCUGCAGUUCGUGAAUCACUCAGAUAUACCAUUUGAAAUUCAUUCUUUGCGUGAUGGAAGGCUUGAUUUUUGUGGUGUUGCAAAGACAGGUGGUGAACCAUUUGAUAUGGCUUUACCGUUGUUGUACACAGCUACAAAUGAAUUAUUCUUCAGACCUUAUCUGGACGAUGCUUACGAAAUGAGUAACGAAUCAGUGUGCUGGAUUAAGUUUGAAGAUAAAGCACGUUACGUCGUGCGAUGCGACCUGUCAGAAGAUAUGAAACAAGGCCUAUUUGUAGCUCUGGUUGUAGAAGAAGUACCAUUAAAGGCUGAAAGAAGCAGAGAUUUGGAUGAUCGAAGUUACAUAGUGCACAUUUUUUCACCUCUAACCGUGCACAAUUUUUUACCUUUUCCAUUGCGAAUCACUUCUCCGAUAACAUAUCGCAAUGACCUAUAUGAAGCAGAGAUGUUAUUCCCUGUAGAGCACCAAGAAUUAAUGACAAUAACAUUUGUUUCCGGCGACAAAAGUCUGGAAAGCAAUGAAGGUAUAAUUGAAAAGACUGUGAAAUGUGUUCCAUGUCACAAGGGAGGAAUGAGAGGCCAGUGUGAAAGUACGAUAACUCAGGAACCUUUCAGCGAGCCAGCCUUACUUCCUUUGGAUGCUGAUAGCUUUUUGUCAAAGAAAAAAGCAAGAUUAUCAAUAUUUGGAGAUCAUUGGACAAAUGAGUUUCCACUAGAUGCUGUUGGAAAUGCUGGACGUAUUAGUUGCAAAAGUGAAACGGGUACUGAGCUAAGUAUUUCUCUACAAAUAAGUUUGUGUCAGUCGGGUUUGACAAAAGUGAUUACGUUUUUGCCAUUCUAUUUGCUUCAUAAUGAGAGCCAUUUCCCACUCGAGAUAAGAGAGUUUGGAGCCCAAACAUGGACCUCAGUUACACCGAAAACAUGUAUUGGUUUUUGGCCUUCAUCCCAGAAAGAUAGUCGAAAGUUUGCUACUGCCAGAUACAUUGGGACCAAAGAAGAAUCAAUAUUAUUUCCAAUCAGUGAAACUUUUGAAGGGUUCUGUCACAUUGAUAAUGAUUAUCUUGGUGUAUAUGUAACUGUAACGGUUGGAGAAUCAUCGUCAAUCAUCAAACUUGAAACAUUUGAACCGGGUAUGGCUCCUGCAAUCUUAAUGAAUGCUACUCACAGAUCUGUGGAAUUCGGUCAAAAAGGUUCCCGAUCCAAAAAAAUAAUAGGUCCUUGGGAGAGCUGUGCUUUCACGUGGAUGGAUGUAACUCGUGAUCGUAAACUGGAUUGGAAAAGUGGCGAUGCUAGCUAUUCUGAUGAUUUGGUUAGAAAUGCAUUUGAAGAUUACAGGACUUCGAAAUCGGAUUCUAGCCCGCUUUAUUGGGUUUCAUUUUUAAAUGGACGUCAACGAAUAUAUUUGUUCACAGAAGAUUUGGCUGUAAUGACAAAUGCACACGAAGCUUACGAGGUUGAGCUUCCUACAGUAUCGAUUGAAAUAUCACUUCAAGGCAUUGGCGUCUCAAUAGUGGAUAAUUUUAAAACUGAAGAAAUCGCCUAUAUGUGCAUAGCUUCGUCGGCUAUUAUUUGGGAGCAGUUCAUCAAAAGUCGAUUUAAGCCAUUCACUGUUAAGCAAAUGAAAGCUAUCGAGGUUGCUUAUCAAACAUGGAUUCCAAAUUCUUCAGAUGAACCAGUCGUCGUAGAUGAUUUGGAAAUUGAUUUCACUCAUAUGAAAGUAAAAAAACGAAAAGAUCAAAUUGACAUUCGACGGCGUUUUCAGAUUGGGGUUUGGAUGCAAUAUAGACGAACGCCUCAUCAGACUCAUUUCCACAUGAAACUCAAUCAUGUACAAAUUGAUAACCAACUGCCAGCAUGCGUAUUCCCUACUGUACUCUCCGUUGUACCGCCUCCUAAAUCUGUUGUUCAAGACAAUGUUCCAAAACCGUUUACGGAGUUGAGUUUCAUAAGACGAGAAUCAGAACACAGUAGGAUUGCUCAAAUAAAAUAUUUGCAUUUUCUUGUCCAAGAAUUCUCAGUACAAGUUGAUCAGGGAUUCGUGAAUGCAAUAUUAGAGAUGAUAUCUACUGAAGCUACUAGUAAACCAUACACGGCAGAAGCUUUUGCAAAAGAUUUCGAAAUGACAAAAAAUCAGCUAGCAGCGAUUGCAGGAAUGACUACAGCUUCUCAACAAACAUCUUAUUACGAAGAUCUACAUAUUUCUCCUCUUAUGAUACAUUUAUCAUUUUCACAAGGUGGCAGUUCUGGUGGAAAAAAUAGGAGGAAUAGAGCUACAAAGUCAAAAGACACCUCUCAGUCUCUUCCGAUUCAAUCUGAAUUCAUUAAUGUCUUUCUAAAGAGUGUUGGUGUGACGGUGACCGAAAUAGAAGAUGUAGGUGCUGUUCAAGGACCAGAAGAAUUUGCUGAAGGAGUUGCUUUGGGUGUCAAAGGGCUUUUCGGUGCAACAGUUGGUGGUGGAGCUGGAGCCGUAUCAAGAAUCGCUGGAACUUUAGGAAAAGGUGUGGCUGCAUUAACUUUAGAUGAAGAAUAUCAACGAAAAAGGCAACAGAUGAUGAGCCGUCGUCCUAAAACUAUUGGUGAGGGUGUAGCUCGGGGUGCGAAAGGUAUUGGACAAGGUUUAUAUGAAGGUAUCACCGGUAUAGUCUCCAAACCGAUCGCAGGAGCUCGUGCGGGUGGAGUGUCUGGCUUUGCAAAAGGUCUUGGUAUUGGUUUAGUUGGUGUUGUGACGCGUCCUGUGUCAGGCGCUGUUGAUUUUGCCAGUAGUACAUUGCACGCUGUUAGAUCUGCUGCUGUUGGAAUGGAUGAAACGAAGCUACUGCGUCCACCACGAGUCAUUUUUUCGGACAACAUUGUGCGGCCUUACAGCCAAAAAUUAGCUCUGGGAGCACAGAUAUUUCGAGAAGUUGAUAAUGGUUCCAUUGCUGAAAACGAUUAUUUCCUUGCGCAUGCUGUGAUAUCCGACAAGAGUAUUUUUAUCAUUACUGAUCGACGUGCAAUGAAUGCUAAAAAAAAUGAUAUUGUUGGCUCUUGGAAUACUGAAUGGCAAGUUUUGUACACAGAAAUGAAUAAACCAGCACUUCUGGAUAAAACAAUUCAGAUUGACUUACGAAAAAAGCAAAGAGGUUUUCUCAGAUUAAAUACUUUGGAUGGAAGAAUGAUCGAGUUACCAACAGAAACAUCUGCAUAUGUUAGCAUUUAUCUUUUGCAUGUUGGAACUGUGAUCACAUUGCUUAUUGCAUACCGUUUUAUUGCUAGAACUUCAGCACUUUUAUUGAAACUAGAUUUUGGUUAA